ACUGCUGUAGAUUAUCAACACACACACACGAUGACAUCAGCACACCAAAUGAAACACCAGAACCGGACCAAGUACACCUGAACCGGACCGGGUAUGAAACACCAGACACACCAUUUUGACUCCGCCCCCUUGUCUGUCUCCCAUCCAUGAGUUGAUUUGACUCCUCCCCCUUGUCGAUCUCAUUUCCAUCAGUCGGUUUGACUCCGCCCCCUCAUCUGUCUCCUGUCCACCAGUCGGUUUGACUCCGCCCCCUCAUCUGUCUCCUGUCCACCAGUCGGUUUGACUCCGCCCCCUCAUCUGUCUCCUGUCCACCAGUCGGUUUGACUCCGCCCCCUCAUCUGUCUCUUGUCCAUCUGUCAGUUUGACUCCGCCCCCUCAUCUGUCUCCUGUCCAUCAGUCGGUUUGACUCCGCCCCCUGGUCUUCCCUCAGGUCCGUCUCAGAUAUUCAGGACAUGUCUGUUCCUGCGUCUCCUGUCUUCCUUCUCUGUCGUGUCUUUUUUCCUCAUCCGUCUCCGUCUCACGUGUUCAUUCUUGUCCUGGUUUGUCAGUAACUCAUCGAUUUCACCUGAAGACGAAGACGGAGGACGGGUCGGUUCCGUUCUCUGUCCAGGACGAGUCACUGCCAAUGAUCCAAAUGACACAAACGCACAGAACCGACGCUGAACCUGUUUUUAUGGAGGUUUCUGGUGAGAUUUCCUGUGAAAAUCCUCCCUCUUCAUCUCAGCUUCUUCAGCGUCGGCCUUUUGCUCUUCUACAGCAGCAGCAGUGAGGCGCUGGUCGUUAUCUGGUCCUUCCACUGGGUUCUGUGUGAUCCUUCUGACAAACGUGGGUCAUGUGACGAGCAGAGUCCAACCAAAAACACCUAAAGACACUGGACAUGAGUGCACCGGCCCCACCUUCCGCUGAGGACCCGACCACACCCCCACCCAUGACCACACCCCCCCGGAAGGCCUCGGUCCGCCUGCAGGAGAGGCGGGGCUCCAACCUGUCGCUACUGUUGGAUGUGGGCACACUGGGGGUGGAGUCUGUCUGUUCUGUCUCCACCCCCAAAGAGGUGUGGCUACAGCUGCUCCACACCUCAUCCCGUCCGCUGAUGCACACGGCGCUACAGCAGGCAGCAAUGGAUACAGACACACUGAACGCGGAGUACCAGAAAAUCCCUCCAAACUUCGUGAACGCUGCUGACCUCGAUGUUCCUGGACACACGAUCAAAGACCGAUAUAAGACCAUCCUGCCCAACCCUGAGACUCGGGUGAUUCUGAAGAAUCCAGAGGAGGCGGUGGGGCCAGACCGCUACAUCAACGCCAACUACAUCCGGGGUUACCGAGGCGUUCCCAGGGCGUUCAUUGCCACCCAGGGCCCAAUGCUGCACACGGUCGGAGACUUCUGGGACAUGGUGUGGCAGGAGAAGAGCAGCAUCAUCGUCAUGGUAACCAGACUGAAGGAGAACAAUGAGAAGUGUGAGCUGUACUGGCCACAGACGGUGAAGGAUGGAGACAACAGAGAGACAGGACAGUUUGGCCGAUUCAUCCUCCGAGUAAAAGACAGCAGAGAGAAGGACGGGUUCACCGUGACGGACUUAGACAUCCAGUUGUGUUCAGAGCGGCGCCCCGUCAGACACUACUGGUUCACCUCCUGGCCCGACCAUCACAUCCCACAAUGCACCACUCCUCUGCUCAGACUUGUGGAGGAAGUGGACGCCUACAGCAGGUCCCUCCUACAGCCUGUCCUUCAGCCAGUCACAGCCCCCUCCCCUGAGCCCGCCCAUGGGCCUGGACCAAUCAUCGUCCACUGCAGUGCAGGUAUAGGGAGGACUGGUUGUUUCAUUGCCAGUAGUAUCUGUUGUCAACAGCUCAGACAAACAUCUCAGGUCGACAUCCUGGAGGCAGUUUGUCAGCUGCGCCUCGACAGAGGGGGGAUGAUCCAGACCUCAGAGCAGUACCAGUUCCUUUACUCCACUCUGGCCCAGUUCAGCGCUCAGCUCCAGGAGCAGAACCAGAACCCAGCCAGCACACAGGACCCGCAGAACCCAGAUGAGACACAGAACCCAGUUCAACUCAGCGUCCAGCUCCAGAACAUGAGGCUGGACGACACUUAGAACCCAACGACCUGAUACUGAACAGAACCAAAGCUGAACCUGCAGAACCAGAACCACACCCAGAUCCCAUAGAGGACCCUACCAAGACAGAACCAGAGCCACACCCAGACCCCAUGGAGGACCCCACCAAGACAGAACCAGAACCACACCCAGACCCCAUGGAGGACCUCACCAAGACAGAACCAGAACCACACAAACAGAACCGGGAUCCACUCACCGAUGGAGAAUGAACCAGGAGCAGGGUUCGCUCCAAGUCCAAAACCCAGAAGCACCAAGAAUAAACCCAUCCAACUGGAUUCCAGACUCAGGGACCAGGACCAGAACCACAUCUAGUCCAUCCACACAUGACACUGAAACCUCAUGAGAUGUUUCAAAGGAAAUCUGACCAGCUCACCAUUCAACAGAACAGACAGAGGAACUCCUCCUCCUCAUCUUCCUCCUCCUCUCUUCUAUCACUCAUCCUUCAAAAUGCCUCCAACACCACUCAACCAAUCAGAAUGAAGAACCACAACAAACUCCCAUGAUGCAGCAGCACAGCGGGGCCUAAAUGCUCCUGUAGUAAACAGUCUGGUGGACGGUGGACUUCCUGUCUUAGGUGCACUCGUCCUUUCACAGUCUGGGUUCCUCCUGUUUUUCUGUCUUCUUGGUUCAGUUCUUCUUCCUUCUGUUUUUUUUUUUUUUUUUCAGUUGUUUUUCAGUUGUUUUUCAUACCACAGUUCUCUGUCUGCUCCACAGAGGGCAGUGUUCUAAGCACAUCU